ACAAUAAGUCACGGCGAUCAAUUAAAUCACGGGGCUGAAUCACGUGACGUGACGCGGGUCCUGUCUCUUCUACCUGUUAGCUAACUAGCAUGCUAAACACCUAGCAUGCUCCUUCAGUUAAAAUACUGCGGUCAAUGCAGGAGGACUUUUAUUUUGAAAUCGUUGACGACAAGUCUCCCCUGUUCAGCAUGACUUAAACCCACUAAAGUCCCUUAUUAUGUUUCUUAUUAUGCUCUCAGACGUGUUAUCUGAUCGUGUUCGGCUCGCUGACUGUGACUCAUGUUUCAGUACAGCGGCAUGUUAGCUCAUGCUCGUCCAUUUCCCCCCCUGUGAGACAUCUGUCAGCAGAUGUGCAGGAUAACCAUAAUCCUCUUUUCAGGUGGAGAGGCUGCGAUGAUUGACCUCAGAGAAACAGCACAUCGGUGCCCUCUAUCAAAGCGAAGAGAUUAAAUUACUAAAUGCCUUUUGAUAGAUUUGAUUACGUGUCAAUUUGAAAAUAAUACAGGGUGGAGACAGAAGGGUUUUCUGGUGGAUAAAUGCACAAUGGAGGUGCCUUUCUGUCAGUGUUCUGAAAGUUGAUCCGAAGAAUCGCUCUCCUGUUAGUUCAGAUUCACUUUGCCUCCUGAUUGUGUUGCUCAGUGACAAGUCAACAGGAAGCUUUAAAAAAACCCCUGGCUGUGCCUGAUGUUUGGAGGAUACUUCAUGUUUUUUAUGUGACUGGUGGAACAAACGUGAUAAGGAAGAGUCAUGGCUGUCAGUCUCCGGCCCUGAUCGGACCCCAUGACUGCCCUCUGGCCUCACAGAGCGCCGCAAGAACACAUCACACUGCUGUUUGCUUGGUGAUAGAAGUGGGAGUGUUGCUGUGCAGCAGUCUGCUCAAGCUGUGACCGUCUCAGGACUUUGCAUCGAUGUUGCGCUUGAUCGCAACAUCCCUGUGCCUCCGGUGCCAACGCGUCCCAGCUCUACCUUUAAACUUAAGGCCAUGUGCAACCUUGAGCUCAACAGAGAACCAGCAGACGGUUGAGGAUCUCUAUGGUCUCUCUGUGGACAUCCAGAAGAUCCGGCAACUUAAAGGAUGGGUCCUGCGUCAGAGCCCAGCCUACACAAAGGAGGUAGCUGGGCUCCUGAAUGACAUGGGAGCCUCGGGCUCCCUCGUGGCUCGGAUCUUAACAGAUCACCCUGAGGCGGUCCUCUGUCUCCCAGAGCAGAUGCAGACCCAGAGGGAGCUGUGGAUGUCCGUGUGCCCGAACCAGAGGGAGCUGGUUGGCAUCAUCGAGAAAUUUCCGGCCUCCUUCUUCACUUCCUGCAGCCACCACGACAACCAGCGGAACAACAUCGCUUACUUCCUGAGCUUAAACCUCAACAAGCGAAUCGUCACCAAGCUCAUGGCCAGCGCUCCACAGAGCUUCAGCCGGCCUGUGGAGCAGAACGAGCUGAUGGUGCGCACCCUCCAGCAGGUCUACCAGGAGCUUGGGGGAGAGGAGGACAACAUGAAGAUCUGGCUUCAGAAGCUCCUGAGUCAGAACCCGUUUGUCCUCCUCAAGCCUCCCGAGGUGCUGAGACAGAACCUGCUCUUCCUGAAAGACAAAGGCUUCAGCACGGCAGAGCUCCUCCGCCUCCUCUCCAAACUCAGGGGCUUCGUGACCGAGCUGAGCCCGGACAGCAUGCAGAUCACCCUGUCGUACUCCCAGGACAUGAUGGGCUGCUCCGAGGCAGAGCUGCGGGACAUCAUCCUCAAGUGCCCGGCUGUGCUUUACUACCCUGAAGCUAUUCUGGCCGAGCGCUUUAAGGGCCUCCUCAGCGCCGGGAUCAGCAUGUCUCAAAUCAUGAAGACUCCGACUGUUUUAGAGCUGACCACGCAGAUAGUGACCUACCGCAUCCAGCGGCUGAGGGCGCACGGUUAUGACGUAAGGACAGGUAGCCUGCAGGUCCUGAACGGCACUAAGAAGGACUUUGAGGUGAGCUGUGGAAAACUACAGCUGCGUAGAGAGAGACCACUUUUUAACCCUGUUGCCCCUCUAAGGGCAGAUGACUGACAGAGGCUGUGUGGGCUAAUGCAAGUGAAUGACAGCUGUAAUGUUUACUGUACUUGAUUAUUUAUAUCAGAAUCAGAUUAAAGGAUCUAAUGGUGCUCUUA